AUGAGACAAUAUUCCCGUGCUUAUUUGCAGGUGUUAUUAUUCUCUCAAUAUUACCCUGACCGCAUGCGUAUCAUUGAAGCAGUCUUCGACAUCACCUAUGAGAAGCUUACCCUUAGAACCACUCCUACGUAUACGUUUGGCGAUCCGGAAACGGCGCCAUGGGACAUCCUCAUGCGUAUGCAUGCAAGUACACCUAGAGUAUCCUCAUCCUCUGGCCAGUACUCGAAGUAG